UAGAUGCCGUUUAUUAUUUUAUUUGUAAAAUAUUCCUAAAUAGUGACUUAAAAAUCUUAUAUUUAUGUUACAAUUAAGUGUGCUCAUAAGUUAUAAUGUCUGUGUAUUAUCCAAGUUAAUAGAAUGAAACACAAUGCACCGUGUAAUGGAGGCCAUUAGGACUAAUAAUUAUGUAUAUUGGCAUACUUAUUCCUCUAUAUCCCAACGCAAUUAUUUUUAAAAGGAAAUAUUAAAUGCCAUUACGUACAGUGAUUACUAAUAAAAAUGUUACUAAACAUUACUUAGUGAAAUAUGAACGAAUGUGUCCAGUGUAAAUAACCCAUUACGUAUGAACGAUGGCCCAGAACCAGGGAGAAGUGCAAGUGGGAACAGCAAAUCAACCUGUCAAAGAUAAGGAUAUCUACGCUUGCCUUCCUGAUAUGCGAAUUAAUGGCCCUCUCGGGCCUGAUGAGGCGUGCCCAGGAGGUGAAGAGCUUCGAUGGUUGCCUGCUCAAGCGACUGACCGUGAUCUUGUGAUGUACUUGAGAGCUGCUCGUUCAAUGGCAGCAUUUGCAGGUAUGUGUGACGGAGGAUCCCCUGACGACGGCUGUGUGGCCGCUAGUAGAGAUGAUACAACUAUCAAUGCCCUUGAUGUAUUGCAUGACUCUGGCUAUGAUCCCGGCCGUGCUUUACAAGCACUUGUGAAAUGUCCAGUGCCAAAAGGCAUUGAGAAAAAAUGGUCUGAAGAGGAAACAAAACGUUUUGUCAAAGGUAUUCGUCAAUUUGGUAAAAACUUUUUUAAAAUCAGAAAAGACUUAUUACCCCAUAAAGAUACGGCUGAGUUAGUAGAAUUCUAUUAUCUAUGGAAAAAGACACCUGGUGCUAGUAGUAAUAGACCUCAUAGAAGACGGAGGCAAGCAUCUUUGAGACGUGUGCGUAAUACAAGAAAUUCACGGGCUGGAACACCCAAGGAACAGACACCUGAAACAAUACCAGCCGCACCAGACACAAAUGGUUCUCGACCUUCCCCAAAUCAGAAAGAAGCUGGGGAAAUGAGUUCAGUUACAGAAGAUGAGAAUUCUGAAGAAGAUAGUGACUCUCGUGAUGCUGGUGAUUUAGCUAAAGCUGAUAAUGGGAGAAUAGAUAGCCCUGAAGACUCACCAACUAGGAUGAGAACUAGAAAUAAGUCAAAAGAACAAACUACUCCAAAUGGGAAGAAAGGACCAGACGAAUGUGACAAUGAUACUAAAUCUAAAACAAAAUCGAAUAAACCAAUUGCACAAAGUACAAAUAAUAAUGUUGUUGAAAAAGUUAUAUCAUCACCUGUUAAUAAAGAUGUGAAAAAGAAAGUGGCCAAUGGAAAAGUAGUUGAUGUUUCAAAGGUUAAGAAACGUCUUCCAGACGACUCUAAACUUGAAGGCAUAAUGGAUGGAGAUGUGCAAAUGAAAAAGAAAAAGGCAACCGAACCACCUGAAAGUCCAUCUGAUAGUCUUACUAAUGAUAGUUUCCCUGCAAUAGACGAAACUGAAACUACAGAACCGGAACCAGAAGUUUGUGACUUCAGUUUUAAUAAAGCUGAUAAAGAAAAUAUGGAACAAAGUAAAGAAAUUGAUUCAGAUAAAUCAAACACUAAAGUUACUGAGCCACAGGUUAAAAUAGAAACAAAUUCUGAACCAGUAAUUAAAUCUGAGAAAGAUUCUCUCCCUCCAGUAUUCAAAGUAUCAACUGAGAAAGAGGACAAGAAUGCUCUAGAUCUUAAAACAGAUUCUGCUACACCUAAGACUGCUGAUAAUCUUGAACCAAGAUCUCUUACAAUGCCCAAUAACAUAUAUCCAAAAACUGAACUUAUUAUUCCUAAAGUGACACCAAUGUCAACUGAAGCCAUUGAAAAAAUUAAAAUCAAAGAAGAAAUUGAUACUGAAGACCAGUCUCUUAAUUUACAGAAGGAAGAAUUUCAGAAAGAUCCACUGUCACAUAAUUAUCCUGGACAUCCUUUGAAUCAAUCAAACAAACCUCUAAAUUUAGAAAAUUCCAAUUUCUUUAUGAAAGAUAGUCAUAUAUAUAAUCCCAAACUUAACCAUAACAUAAAAAUUGAAGGUGGAAUGCCAAAUAUAUUUAAUCCUGUAAAUAUUUCUAAAGAAAAUCCAUUAAUCCGGAAAGAUUACUCCACUGGAAUGUCACCUUUUUCAUAUCCUUCAAGUAUAAACUUUGCAAGUGAUCCUAAUAAGCACAAUCCCCAUAUAAAUCCAUUAAAAACUGUUAUAAAAUUAGAACCAAGAGAUGAAACUAGUGAAUUGAAGAAUCAAAACACACCUGAAAUUUUCACAGCUACAAUUUCAACUGCAAGUAAAGUAGAUUCUCCUAAUGCUCCAAGAUUAGAUACUAUGCAAAGAAUAAGUCCUUCACCAACAAAUACACGUGGUUCAUCUCCACCUCCAAUGGAACAUCCCACAACCACUAAUACUGAACCAAUUUCACCAGCCAAUUCACAAGAAAAUAAAGAGUCUGAUGUUGAAGAUAAACAGCCAACUGAUUUAAAGACGCAACCCAUUCCAAAACUUGAUACACAGAAUACUAGUUUGAGGCAACCUCUUUUCCAACCUCCAAUCAGACCAGAAAAUCUUGGAAUUAGAUCAACAGAUCCGGCAAAUCCACCUGUCUCAGCACAAAGUAUGCCACCACCACCACUUAGUCAGCCUUCUAUUGCAGGUUUGCUUCCUCCAGGACCAUUAAUUUCUGUUGGUAGUGGUUCAAAUGUUGGCCCCUAUGGAUUCAUGCCAACUCCUUUAUAUGGACAUCCAAGCCACCCAGGUCUUGAAAAAACUGGUUCAAUGGGAUUAAUGCAGCAAGUUCCACCAUCACAUGGUCUCCCUGGUAAUAAUUUAAUACCAUCUUCUGCCAAUCAGAAUGACCCAUCAAUGCCACAAGACUUAAAAAUUAAACAGGAAGUACCAGAUAAUUUACCUGCAAAUUUAUCUACACAAAAUGUUGCAGACCCACUGCAAUCACUCAAAGAGGUGAAGGUCCCUGGAUAUCCAAUUGGCAGUGCCAUAGCACAACAUUUAAGCACGGAAAGAGACAGAGAAUCAAUAUCUAGUGUUGAAAACAAUAGUCGACCUCCAAGUCAACCCACAAAUGAAAACACAAAUAUACCUAGUGCUUUCCUUGGACCAAGAAUAGAAAGUAUAAAAAAGGAACCAGACUUUAUGCAUCAGCCUCAUAUUCAAACUACAAAUACAAGCCAGGGAAGUGGAUCAGAGAGUACAAAUACAGUACCACCUGUAAAGAGUCCACAUACUCCGACUCCAAUAAAAAGUCAACCCACUCAUAAUGGUACACCUGGACAUGGACCACACCCUUCUGCUACAACAUCACCGUUUUCGAGACAUUUGACUAGUCCCUCACAACCUAGACAAAUAUCAGCUUCACCUGUUCAACAUAAUCCUCCUGUAUCACAUUCUGCACUUAAUUUAAUGAAUCCAACACCACUUUCCAUUCCUGCAACAAUACCUGGACCAGUUAUGCAUUCAGGACAACAAUCAGGUCCACCACAUCCUCAUCCAUUUGCUUCACCUUUACAUCAUCCACAUCAUCCUCUAUUGCAUCCUUCUAUUUUUCAAUUAUCUGCUGCGGCCGCUGCACACGCUAUGCAUCCUUAUUAUCCACAUCCACAUGCGGGAUAUUCAAUGCCAUAUCCAUAUCCAUAUGGACCAUUAACUCAACCUCAUCCAAUACCUCCAAUGCAUCCAGCGUCUAGUACUCCAGGACGACACGAUCCCGUCAAACCAUCAACAAUAGAAUCUACAACAAUGCUUAGUUCUCAUCACAGCACCAGUUCUUCAGUAACCACGAGAUCUCUACGAGAAAUAUCAGAGAGUACUGAAGAUCCAAGAAAUCCAAAUGCUACAACUGAAAGACAUCAGUUACAUGAAACUACAAUGACACACCACCAUUCAACGAGUCACCAUAGCGCUGUUCAUACAAGUACAGAAAAACAGCCAAGUCAUGCUGGAGGUGGAACAAAUCACACGCUCUCAAUUUCUCAUUCAACAUCCAGUAGCUCCUCUCAAUCAAUACAACAUAAAAUUAAUACCCAACAGAAGUCCAGCUCACAUUCUAGUUCACCGCAUCAUCUUUCAGCCAGCGUGUCUCAAACCACCAGUACAUCAUCGAGUGUCAAUGUUACCAAUAAUCAUACUCAUCAUCAUUCUCAUCACCUUGCCCAUCACCCAGAGAGAUUGUCGCCCGCGGAUUCAAUGCUUCUACGCCAUCACCCAAAAAUUUUACCAGGAAAUCCAAAUCAUUUAAUGAUACAGCCUCCCUCUAUGGGCCAUCCAAUGGGUUUGGGAUUACCUCCUGGACCUGGGCCAAGCUCUAUUGAAAGCCUUAGAUUACAUGCUCAAGCAGCAGCGGGAUUACAAGCUGGGCAUCCCAGAUCAGGAUCACCUCAUCAACUUCCUCAUGGCCAUCCACAUUUACGGCCCCAGAGACCAAUACCUGAGGAUAAUCCUGAACUGAAAUUAGAAACACAAUCUCAACCAGAAGAAGAAGAAAUCCCAAGUCCUGCUCAUAUACCACAUGGUCCUAGUCCAGAACCGAAAAUUGAAGAUACUGAGUGUCAUAGAUCACAAUCAGCAAUAUUUUUAAGGCAUUGGAAUCGUGGUGAUUAUAACUCUUGUACUCGAACAGAUCUUAUAUUUAAACCAGUACCCGAGUCAAAACUAGCUCGGAAGCGGGAAGAACGUUUGAGAAAACAGGCUGAAAGAGAUCGAGAGGAAAGAGAAAAAAUAGCUCAACAAGCACAUAGAAAGAUCGCAACUCCUGAAAAGCCUGAAACAAAACCGCCUUCAAGAGGUGCUAUUGAAACAAUAACAUCUCCAUAUGAUAGAUUUCCUCGACCAGGUUACCCUGACACACCUGCAUUACGUCAGUUAUCUGAAUACGCACGGCCACAUGCAGGUUUCAGUCCUGGAAACUUACCAAGGCAUUGUAUGGAUCCGAUGCUGCAAUACCAAUUGUCAUCAAUGUAUGGUGCAGCAGGCGCGCGAGAGCGCCUAGAACUUGAACACCUUGAGAGAGAAAAACGGGACAGGGAAAUAAGGGAGCUACGUGAACGAGAGUUAAAUGACAGAUUGAAAGAGGAAUUGCUCAAGAAUAAUGUUGGACCACGAGCGCUGGAUCCACACUGGCUUGAAAUGCAUAGAAGGUAUGGCAUGCCACCCCCGCCACCGCAAGGUGCUAUACCUGUACAGUUCGGGCUAUAUCCUCCCGGACAUGGACCAGCAGCGCUGUCGCAAUUGGAACGUGAACGAUUAGAACGCCUCGGAAUACCACCAGCUGGUGCAUCUGGAGCUCCUCCAACUGUUCCAGUCUCUGCUGCGCCUCCGCACCAUCCGCACCAUCCACAUCCGGGUGUGGCAGCUGCACAACUCGAAGCUGCCGAGAGAUUAGCACUCGCUGCCGACCCGAUGGUGCGGCUUCAGAUGGCAGGCAUUAACCCAGAAUACCAUGCGCAUACCCAUGCACAUACGCAUGCGCAUUCUCAUACUCAUCUUCAUUUACAUCCGGGUCAGCAAGCUGCAGCCCAAGCACAACAAGAAGCGCUCGGGCUUGGACUCGGUGCUGGUACACCUUACCGACCGCUCCCACAUCCGGAUCUGCUAGGUCGACCGUACGCAGAGCAACUCGCGCAGCAAGCGGCCGCGCACGAGCAGUUGCAGCGACAACUAUUGCUGGAACGGGAGCGAGGCUUCUUGCAUCCAGCUCAUCACGAAGAUUUCAUCCGUCAACAGCGCGAGCGUGAGUUGAAGGUGAGAGCUCUGGAGGAGGCGGCGCGAGCGUCGCGUCCGUAGUGCCCCGCCACCGCGUCGCGCCAUCCUCCGGACUCUGCCGUCGUAAUAGUGGAGUGAUGUGGUUGUGCAGUGUAACGUGGUGACGUUUAUAUUUAGUGUAUAAAUUACACGAGACUUAUUGCACUUGUAACAUGUUAAGUGCAAAGUGUUCACAUAUUAGUAUAUUAAAAACUUGAACCGGAUUCUUCUUAUAUAUGUGUGACGAUACAUGUAAUUUAUAUUUAUAACUUUAAGUUUUGUAAUAUUUUUAUAGUUGCAUGGCCAGGUACGCUUAUAUCCAUGCUCAAAAUUAUAUUUUAACUACUAGUCAUACUUAAAAUUUUAUUUGUUAAAAAAUGGGAGAAUAUGUCACAUCUUUACAUAGAUAACUUUUUAAUUUAGUUUAAAUUAUUUUUCAUAAUAUUGAAUAGUAAUACAGUAAAACCAAGGUGCUGGUUAGCAGUCAUGUAAAUAUAUACAUGUUUACAUUUUUAUUUUCUUAUAUAAAGAUACAUUGCUUUUUAUGUUCAUGAGUCAUGACAUAAUAGGUACUUAUUUUAUAAAUGUAAUAAUAAAGUUUUAAAUUAAGUAUAUAAAUAAAACAGAUUAGGGACUGGUACUUGCCUUUCUGAUCAACUUGCCUUUAUGUAAUUGAUCUGUAGUGACUUCCAGACUCUAUAAUUCUAAGGUUGAUAGAAAUAUGUUGUCCCAUAGAUUAUUUACAAUAUUGUAACAUAAUUUAUUGUUUCAAGUAAUAUUUAUACUUAUUUAUAGCUCUCAUUGAAAGUUAUGUAAAUAGUAAGUCUAAACUUCUGAAAACUCAUAAGACUACUCAUCCGUAUUGUAAGUUAAAUGUUCAAAAGAAACUGCGACUAUAAGGGAACAAAGUAAAUCAGGGAUUCAUUCCCAAUGCAUAUUGAGUUGUAUAAAACACAAACUGAUAUUUAAUACUAGUUAAUUCAAAUACGUGAAAGUAAUAUGUACCUAUUGUACAUAAUUAUAAUUUUAUUUGUAAAAUAAAAAUAUGAAAUUUAACAAUUUCUCGAUGAUAUAAUAUGAUUUAUUUUACUCUGUGUUACAAUUAACGUGAUAUAUGUACUUUUAUCCAACCAACUCAAUGUUUUAUCUGUUAAACUUUCGCUCUUUCAAGUUGUAGAAUCCCUGGAAAUGUCAGUAUCUCUAAUUAUAAUGUAUCAUUCUAAUUUUGUAUAGGCGUUGUUUCAAGCUCGCCAAUAGCUUCCAAACAAUAUUUAUACAGAAUUAUGAUAUUGCUAUUUAUUAUCAAGAUUUUUCUUGAUAUAAUUUUUUUCUGUAAAAUUGUAAAAACAAAAUAAUAUUCUAUUAUUAUUAGGUAUAUGACAUAGUUUUGUACAAGCGAACUACAAUAUUUUACUAUCUUCAUACCUGAAUUUUAAUUAGAGUUUAUCGACAAAAUUUAAUAGAAAUACACUGCACUCACUCCGUAAGCUUAUAUAAGUAUGGCCCUUAAAUGAUUCUAUUCUGAUUGCAAUACUGAUAGUAGAAUGCGUAGGUACCUAAGAGUAUAUUUUAGGAAACUAGUUUAAAAAAUCAGUAUAUUUAAGGUGCAACGGAAAGGGUACGAAUCGAUAUCCACAGAUAUCCGUCAAACUACAUAUUUCCCCAACAUAUAUGUGCGAAUUUUUUUUUUAGCCUUUCCAACAAACUGCGCGCUUCUGUCGAUUUAGUUCUAAUAUUGUUUUCAUAUUUCGACCAGUUCUUCUUGGUGAAAAUUUUGCAGAUUUACGAACAUAUAAUAUCUCUGGAUUUUGGGUUAUCAUAUCUGUUAUUGUAAGUUAUGCUUAUUAUACUUACCUAAUUGAAUUGAACUUCCCAACAUUCUAUUUAAAAUGUUAAAAAAUCGUUACUUUUCUCUAAGAUCUAAAGUAAACAUAUUAAUGACCUGGCAUAAUUAAUAUUUGUCUAUGUAUUUAUGACUAACUAUUUGUUUGUUGAAAUUAUAAUAAAUAAUAGUUAAGUUUACAAAAAUAAUGCCUCUGCCCUUGUAAACUGUAAAAAUACGGAUAAUAUAAAAAAAACCAACCUACUACAUACCUACAUAAAUUGUAAAUAUUUAUUCUUUUACAUUACGCUCACGUAACGUAUUCAUUUGUAUAAAAUGUGCAAGUCUAUGUCAAACAUGACAAGGGUUUAAAACUAUAAUAAUUCUAAGUCUUAAUAUUUGUACAAACCACAAAAAAAUUAAGUGCGUUAUAAUAUAUCUUUCAUAAAGACUUUUUUUAGAGAAAAGCGUAUUAUUACAAUCCGAAAUUCAGUGACAGUUCGUUACUUGGCUGACCGAAUUGGUUGAGUUUUAAAACAAUAACAACAUAAACAUUAUUCGAAAUAUAUUUUCGUUUACACAUUUGCGCCGAGUGUCCAAUUUAAAAAAAAAUCAAUAUUUUUUCUGUUACACUGCAUUUGUGUUUUCCUAUAAGAACAUUUUCACGGUGAUGUAAAUAUUAAUCGACAGAUCCUAUUUUUUUAUUUAUUACUGCUAUUAAAAAAAAGUUUGUUAUAAAAAACUCGUUAAUUUGGGCAUUGUUGUUUAAUGUUCGCAAUUUGAAAUAAUUAUUUCCAACUGAAUUUUGAAAAUUUAAUAUGAAAUUUCACUUACAGUAUUUAAGUGUAGUAAAAAGUUAAUCAAUUAUGAAAGAGUACAAAGAUGUCAUAAUAAAUCACUUUUCGAAGUGAAUUUUGUGUUUUAUACAAAAUGUACGUUUUUCUUUGUCUCGUCACUGAAGUGUACACAUUGUCAAUUUAAAAGUGAAUUCUACUGCAUUAGCUCAUAAAUCAAUUUUGUUUGGCCAGGCCAAUUUGUAUUCAAAUAUUUUUAUUAUCUUCCUGUCACAGUUAUAAAGUUUAAAUAGAUUAUUAACACGCAAUGUGCUCGAGAAAUCUAGCAUUUAUGUGCAGUAUGCACACAAACGCUGUUUUAUUAUUGUAAUACCGCGUUUCCAUCCAAGUAAAGUUACAACAUAAUUAUCUUAUACAUGUUGUUGUAUGUUUGAGACAGAUGUAGUCUUAUACACGACAUGUAUAACAAUUUAUAAAUGGGUGGUGACGGGGUGUUGUGCCCUAAUGAUAAAUGAUUAUAAAUCUUGUAAAUGUAAGAAUUGUAAUUUUUGCCCAAUGUACACAUUCAAUAAUUCUAUUGCACCAUAAUGUAAUAUAAAUUCCCUUUGUAACAAAUAAAUCCUGUUAGAGUUGAAGUUAUAGAUAUUUUAGACAUUUAGAGUAAAAUGUUUCGCAAGUCGCUUGAUAGGUGUUAUGUUGGGUAAUGCCAUAGUUUCAUUCUGAUAUUUAAAAAGAGAAAAUGAGUAUUAUUUUUAGAGACAAAUUAUAUCUUAAUUAAUUAAGAGGUUGCGUGUCGGUUUAAAGUUUCGUUUAUUUAGACAAUAAGGUUAAAUGGAUGUCUUAGUGCUUUUGUGUAAAUUUUUUUGAAUAAUAUAUGUG